AACGCACCUCGCUCUCUCUCUCUCUCUCUUCUCUCUCUCCACCCCUCAAUCAUUCCCUCCCCUCCUCUUCCUCCUCAUCUCCCCACCCCGCUUCAUAUCAUCCGCCGCCGCCUCCUCUAUCUUUUGCUAUAUGAUUCUUCUGUUACUAUAAAGCUUCCUUUCCUCCUCCUCCUCCUCCUCCUACUUUGAAGCGGCCAUGAGACCCGGGACGGUCCCGUUGCGGCCAGGUCAGCACGGCGUCUCGAGCCGGGCACGCCGCCGGCCCGACCUAACGCUUCCUCUUCCACAGAGGGACCCCGCCAUCGCCGUUCCCCUCCCCCUCCCACCGCCGUCCGCCCCGUCCACCAUGGGCGCCCCUUCGGCGGGACCAUCGAUUGGGCCACCCUCUUUCACUACCACCUCCUCAUCAUCGUCGUCCCAGCCGCCGAGCUUGUCCGACCUCGAGCGGGUACGACGCAUUGGCAGCGGCAGCGGCGGCACCGUGUGGUUGGUCCGCCACCGAACCACCGGCCGGCACUACGCCCUCAAGGUCAUCUACGGCAACCACGAGGACGCCGUCCGGCGCCAGAUCCUGCGUGAGAUCGAGAUCCUCCGCACGGCCGACAACCCCUUCGUGGUCCGGUGCCACGCGAUGUACGACGACGGCGGCGAGAUCCAGAUCCUGCUCGAGUUCAUGGACGGCGGCUCCCUCGAGGGCCGCCGCAUCACCUCCGAGCCCUUCCUCGCCGACGUCGCCCGCCAGGUCCUCGCGGGGCUCGCCUAUCUCCACCGCAGGAAGAUCGUGCACCGCGACAUCAAGCCCUCCAACCUCCUCAUCGACUCCGGCGGCCGCGUCAAGAUCGCCGACUUCGGCGUCAGCCGGAUCCUGGCGCAGACCAUGGACCCCUGCAACUCCUCCGUCGGCACCAUCGCGUACAUGAGCCCCGAGCGGAUCAACACCGAUCUCAAUCACGGGCUCUACGACGGCUACGCCGGCGACAUCUGGAGCUUCGGCCUCAGCAUCCUCGAGUUCUGCCUCGGCCGCUUCCCCUUCGGCGACAACAUCGGCCGGCAGGGGGAUUGGGCAUCGCUCAUGUGCGCCAUCUGCUACGCCGAUCCACCGGAGGCGCCACCCACCGCCUCCCGCGAGUUCCGGAGCUUCAUCUCCUGCUGCCUGCAGAAGGAUCCGGCGCGGCGCCUCCCCGCGGUGCAGCUCCUCCAGCACCCGUUCAUCACCAACAACCACCCUUCCUUGACAUCCUCCACCCACCCAUGAUCCAACAUGGGAUACAAGAAGCGGGUGGGCAAUGUAAAAGGUGCCAUUUUUACCCGACCGUCCUCGCAGUUUGAUCGGACUGGAGAUCAAAAGGAGCAACCUUGACGGUUGGGAUAUGAGAAAGGUGUGAUUUUUAUGCUGUUUUCAAUCUAAAGCCAGACAUUUUUCCU